AUGAUACUUCGUGUCUCAUUCGUUCUCGCGAUGUCGCUCGCGAUUGCUUCAGCGAUUCCAGCUCAUCAGACAUUGUUUGUUGGGCAAUUUUACCAGCUCAGUUUCACCACGAAGACUACAGUCACUUUGGAAGACGGCGGGCCAUUGCCGGAUUGGUUCAAAUUCGAGAACGACAUUCUUCAAGGAAUCCCCACUGAAAAUGACCUUGGCACCAUUGUUAUUCAGAUUUCGAGCGAAGGAAAUCGCCCGUACAAGAUUCCGAUCACUGUGAGAAGCGAGACUGAAGGAGCUUGUGGUGACGAGGACACCUAUUUCAUUGAGGCCUACUUUGAAAAGGAGAACAAUAUCACUAACCGUGUGGAAGCCGCCUUGAACUUGAUGGAACAAGCCGACAAGAAGACCCUUCGCACAUACUCGCGUGAUUACGCCCGACAAUGCCGCACCGUCGAGAACCUGAUGAGUGAACGAGCACCAGGAGAUUUCGUUGUUCUUUGGAAAGCUGCAUGUGACGAUUUUGACGAGGCCACUGACGUUCUCAACGAUUUCAUCGAGCGCGAGGAUAUCGACUACGACAAUGUCAUUAUGACCAAAGGUAGAUACAAUAAGAAUAACAAGGAUCUUGAGCCGACCACUAAAUCGAGUCCAAAGACAAAAGCAACAACACCAACCACCACCACGAAAACCACUACCGAAGCCAAAACAACGAUAACUGAAAAGAUUGACGAUGAAAUCACGAAAAUCGCGAUGACUGUCGAACAAUUGCGAACGACAACUGAGCUUAUCCGAACGACAAGAAAGAUUUCUGACAACAAACCAGUCUUGCUGAACCGAAUUCCACUUUUCACGUGCAUCAGGGGUGAAAUCUGUGAGUUGCGCGUCUCGCCCGAAACUUUCAAGGACGUUGAAGACGGCGACACAUUCAAACUCAAACUUUCGAUUGUGGCUCUUGAAAAUGCCGACAUUUGGAUGCAUAUCGACCACAACAAAGGAAUGAUCGGAGUUCCAAUGAGCACUGGCGAGUACAGCUAUCGUCUCGAAGCUCGCGACAACGCUGGACAAAUGGCGUCGGCUCCAUUCUCGGUUAUUGUCAAGCCUUCGAUUCCUGCGAAUCACAAGAUCCAGUUCGAUAUGGAUAUGCCAUCGGCCCAGAUUCUCGCCACUCGCCCUCAAACUCGCAACAUGUUCAUGAGAGCUAUGGCUCGCGCUCUAAAAGCCCCAGUGACCUCAUUUACUCUCCACGAGAUCACCACCAAAAAGAAUAAGACCGUUGUCACAUGGAGCAACAAUACUCUUCCAUCGCAGUUCUGCGAUGAGCCGGCAUUGAACGCCAUGGUCGCCAAGAUGAUUAUCAAGCAGAAGAGUCGUACCAAGACCGAAUUCGUUAAGGCAAUGGGCAACAACUUCUAUGUGCGUAGAGUCUCGAUGGAACGUCUUCGCAACUGUGAGCCCGACGUGGAAGUUAGCACCACCGCACCGACCAUCCAAUCUGUUGCCGAAGCUGAUUCCGAGGUCAUCAUCAUUGGCGUUCUCACCUUUUUCAUCAUCUUCCUUGUCUGUGGCAUCAUUGUCUACUUCUGCUGCCUCAAGGGCAAGGGAAAGAAGGACAAGGCUAACAACAAGGACUACGUCAGCAAGGGAAUGCCUGUCGUCUUCCCGGAUGAGGUCGAGGAAAAUGAUCCAGCCACUGCUGGAACCCCGAUGUUGGCCCGCGAGGAGCGUCCCCCAUUGAAGGUUUCGCAACACGAGAACCCACUCUACAAGCCGCCGCCACCAAUUGCCAACUCGCCACGUCUUGGCCAAUCCGCUUCGUCGUCGGGCCAACGUCUUCCCCCACCAUUCAUUCCCCCAUAA